AUGCAAUUUUUAUAUGAUGAGAAUAAAAGAAAUAAAUCUAAAUAUUGUUUUCCUAAUUUAAAUAUCUUUUUUAGUGAAUUAAAAAAGUUGUCUGAAGAAAGUUUAACCAGACAACCUGAAGAAGUAUUUGAUAUAAUAUGCAAGUUAGGAGAAGGAUCUUAUGGAUCAGUUUACAAAGCAUUACAUAAGGAAAGUGGGCAAGUACUUGCUAUUAAGCAAGUACCUGUUGACACAGAUUUACAAGAAAUCAUAAAAGAAAUUUCUAUCAUGCAACAAUGUGAUUCUCCAUAUGUUGUUAAAUAUUAUGGAAGCUACUUUAAAAAUACCGAUUUAUGGAUUGUAAUGGAAUAUUGUGGAGCUGGAUCUGUUAGUGAUAUCAUGAGGUUAAGAAAAAAGACCCUUCAAGAAGAUGAAAUAGCAACAAUACUCAGUGACACCUUAAAGGGUUUAGAGUAUCUGCAUUUGAGAAGAAAAAUACAUAGAGAUAUUAAAGCGGGAAAUAUUUUACUCAAUAAUGAAGGGCAUGCUAAAUUGGCUGAUUUUGGUGUAGCGGGACAAUUGACUGAUACAAUGGCAAAGCGUAACACAGUUAUAGGAACUCCAUUUUGGAUGGCUCCAGAAGUAAUACAAGAAAUUGGAUAUGAUUGUGUUGCAGACAUAUGGUCUCUUGGUAUAACAGCUUUAGAGAUGGCAGAAGGCAAACCACCUUAUGGUGAUAUACAUCCAAUGAGAGCAAUAUUUAUGAUUCCAACUAAACCACCACCUAGCUUUAGAGAACCUGAUCAAUGGAGUCCUGAGUUUAUAGAUUUUGUCAGUGGGUGCCUUGUUAAAAAUCCAGAAGAACGAGCUACCGCAACCGAGCUUCUGAAUCACGAAUUUAUAGGUAAUGCCAAGCAACCGAGUAUUUUGAGUCAAAUGAUCGCCGAAGCUCAUGAAAUACGGGAGAAACAAAGUGCACAUCGCGCUCAUGUUAUAAAUAAUGUGGCAAUCAAGAAUCAAAAUCAAGCAGAUGAUUCGGAUGAAGAAGACUGUAGUGGAACAAUGAAACCUCUACCAGAAGAUACAGGAACUUUAGUACCGAGUCACGACCUUCCUGAUACGGGUACACUUGUUUCCGCGAUGUUAGAUUUGGGAACAAUGGUUAUUAACAGCGACACCGAUACCGAAGCAACUAUGAAAAGACACAAUACAGGGUCAGUAGAGUCCGGGAAAAAAUACCGACCAUUAUUUUUAGAUCAUUUUGACAAGAAAGAAGCACCUGAGAUAGGAAAGGGGAAUGGUCAAAUACUUGGGGUACACAAUCAAGAUAAUGAAAAUAAAUUAGAAUUACGAAGCCCUACGGAAUCUCAGAGGUUUCAAAGUCACCUACAAUUACAGCUUAAUCAGAUUUCUCACCCUGUACAAGAUCAACCGCAUAAUAACAUAUCCAAGUUCCAAAAUGUCUUCACAGAACGUGAUUUCGACUUCCUGAAGUUUCUCUCAUACGAGGAACUACAGCAACGUAUGGCUAAUCUGGAUGCAGAAAUGGAAAGAGAGAUUGAUGAACUGAGAAGAAGGUACCAAACGAAGAGACAACCGAUUCUUGACGCCAUGGACACAAAGCGAAAACGUCAGCAAAACUUCUAA